UGCCUCAUUCCUGCUUACAGGCUUACAUGUACAUGGAGUAGAAAACACUACACCCGCUGCCUCUCUUUUAGCUACACUUGAUAUCUCCCUUCCUCUCGUUCCUUCGCAUUCAUGCCCAGCCAUUUGACAACAGAGACAAAGGCUCAUUGGAUUUUCACAACACCCACCAUCUCUCUCUCUCUCUCUCUCUCUCUCUCUCUCUCUCUGGUUUACUAAAUUCUCCAUUUUGAUAUUGGUCGUCCUUUCCACGAAUUAAAUCCGACCAUUAGAUAUUCGCCCCUUCAUCUUCCACUGCACUUCUCCUUUGCUCUGAUAGCUUCUUCAGCCCUCCAUCAAAUAUUCUCUUCUCUGGGGUAUUUAUGUUCUGUUGUUACUGUUCCGUUCCUUGUUAAUGGCUGCUGCAGCUGCUACUCAAAGCUUUCAGAACAGCAACAAUGACCACCAUCAAGUUAGUAGGCAAGAAAUCCAGGUCGCCAUUGCCAAAGCUGUAGAGCUCAGAGCUCUUCAUGCUGCUUUGAUUAAAGGGAACAGCCCUGCAAAUCGCAGGUUCCCUAGCUCUGUUUCUCCCUCUCUUUCACGUCCUUCCUCUCAGUUCUCAGCUCAUGAUUACCCUGUUUUUACUCCGAGCUAUGGAGAGGAGUCAUUACCUGGGUUUCACCACAAUCGAUUGGAGAAAACUUUAUCGGCAAAUUCUGAUGGGUAUGGGCUAGAUGUAGGAGACGAGGAUGGAGCCGAUCCGUCUGACACUAAAAAGGAUAUUUCGCCUUCCUGGAAGGGGUUUCCUUCUGGUUUGUUUGGCAGAGAACCCCAUGUCUGUCUGUCUGAAGAUCAUAAGUCUGUAAAAAGUUCUUGCACGAACCACAUUACUGCCCUUACAUCCCCUGGAGCUGAUUUUUUGAAGUCGAGCAGGAGUACCGGUUCCAGUGAUUUCAAAUCCGUCACAACCUGCAAUAGAUGCAAGCCUGCGGUUAUUACCACUGGAAGUGAUAAUGGAUCCAAACUCAUCAAGAAUUCUAAUCUCGUAGUGCCUCUAUCGGAUUCUCACUUGACAGUUCAGUCACAACCAAGGAGUAAAGGAGCUAUCCUCUCAUGGCUCUUUCCUCGGUUAAGAAAGAAGCACAAGAAUGAGACGUCCCUAAACCGAACAGAAUCUGAACAAGUAUCUCAGAUUUUCAAGGGCUUGGGAAUCAUGUCGCUCGAAUCAUUGAAGAAAGAACUGAUGGAAGCUAACGAGCAUAGAGAUGCAGCUUUAAUGGAGGUAUCAGAGAUGAAAUCUUCCUUGGGGGGUCUGAAACACAAGCUGGAGUACCUUGAGGCCUACUGCGAAGAGCUGAAGAAAGCUCUGAAACAAGCAAUGCUGGGAAAAGAUGCUCAAGUCCCUGAAAAGUCCAUUAAUUUGCUGAAAAGAGGGAAAUCAAUUGAUGGAAAUGGUGAUAACCUAAUGCCUGUUAGCCAUGAAGUAAUGGUGGAGGGUUUUUUGCAAAUUGUAUCUGAAGCAAGAUUAUCAGUGAAACAGUUCUGCAAGAUUCUUGUUGAGCAGAUUCAAGAAACAGACAACAAUUUGAUGGAGAACCUAAAUUUGCUUCUCCAACCACACAAGCUGACUUUUAACUCAAAGUAUUCAAAGGCAGUAUUGUACCAUUUAGAAGCACUCAUAAACCAGUCUCUCUUUCAGGAUUUCGAGAACUGCAUAUUCCAGAAGAAUGGUUCACCCAAAAUCUUAGAUCCUAAGCAAGAACGCCAAGCUCAGUUCUCAUCAUUUGUUGCACUGAGAAACCUAAGUUGGAAUGAAGUUCUACGCAAGGGAACCAAGUAUUACAGUAAAGAAUUCAGUAGGUUCUGCGAUCAGAAGAUGAGUUGCAUCAUUUCCACACUGAAUUGGACUAGACCAUGGUCUGAACAGCUACUCCAAUCAUUCUUUGUAAGUGCCAAGUGCAUUUGGUUACUCCAUCUGCUUGCAUUCUCAUUCAAUCCCCCAAUAGCAAUCUUGAGAGUUGAAGAGAAUAGAUGCUUUGAUGCCCUAUACAUGGAGGAUAUAUUUGUAGAACAACAGAGAUCACAAACUCCAACUAGAGUUAAGAUCAUGGUGAUGCCAGGAUUUUAUGUUCAAGAUAGAGUGCUUAGGUGUAAGGUUCUCUGUAAGUAUAAGGCCAUUCGCUAAUUUGCAAUUCAUUUCUGUGCCAUUUUUGCUCUUCCUCCAUGGGACUAACCAAAAGGGUGUAUCAUUUUUUCAGUUGUUCAUGAGCAGUUUCAAUCAAAUGUAUAAGUUUGUAUGUUUUGAAUUUUAAGUUAAUAAAUGCUUGAAAGAGAGCUUCUUUUUAUUUCAA